UGUUCGCUAUUCUUGUAUCUGCGAAGCAGUAUGUUGGUUUCCCGAUACAAUGCUGGGUACCUGCAACGUUUACGGAACCAAUGGAGCAGUAUACAGAAAAUUAUUGCUGGGUACAGAAUACAUAUUUUCUACCCCUGCACGAUUAUAUUCCUCAUAAUUAUGCUGAACGAGAAAAUAGGCAAAUUGGAUAUUAUCAGUGGGUACCGUUUGUACUUGCUUUGGAAGCACUCCUUUUUUAUGUACCUACCAUCGUUUGGAGGCUACUCAAUUGGCAGUCAGGCAUCCAUGUGCAAUCAUUGGUGCAAAUGGCAUGCGAUUCACGAUUACUGGAUCUGGAUUCCAGGAAUAAAGCCUUGCAAACAAUUGCCACAAAUGUUGAGGAGGCACUUCAUGUGAAACAUCAAGUGGUUUGUUACUUUCAGCAAGCUGUUGAGUUAUUUCAUGGUGCCGCUGUAACAUUUCUGUACAUUUCGGUGAAAAUCCUUUACACGGUAAAUAUCGUAGGGCAAAUUUUCUUGCUCAAUACAUUUUUGGGCAAUCGUAGCAAAUGGUAUGGAUUACAGGUGUUGAAUGAUUUGAUGAAUGGACGAGAAUGGGAAGAAUCAGGCCAUUUUCCACGUGUCACAUUGUGUGAUUUUGAAGUAAAAGUGCUUGGCAAUGUUCAUCGACAUACAGUGCAAUGCGUUCUCAUGAUCAACAUGUUUAACGAGAAAAUAUUCCUCUUCCUGUGGUUUUGGUAUUUCUUGCUAGCUGGUGCCACAGUUUGCUCUCUUUUAUAUUGGAUAUAUAUUUCCGUUGUCCCUAGCAGGCAGUUGAACUUCGUAGGAAAGUAUCUGACGGGCAUUGAAGGUUACAAAAUGGUUGACAGUCAAUCGUUACGACGUUUCGUAUUUCAUUUCCUCAGACAAGAUGGUGUUUUUUUAUUACGUAUGGUUGCAACACAUGCUGGAGAAUUGUCGUGUUAUGAACUUGCCAAAACUCUAUGGAAUAAAUAUUGUGAUAAUAAGGAAGGGAAAAUGCAUGAUGUAUAG